AUGGCUUCCGCAACUGUUGUAUCACGGCCUCUGCCCGCCCUCCCCGAGGGCUGGUCCGCAGAGAAGGACUUCAAGCCCGUCGCCUCCGUCACCUCCUCCACCAAGCGAACCAUCGAGCCCGUCGGCCCUCACUUCCUCGCCCACGCCCGCCGUGCCCGCCACAAGCGCACCUUUUCCGAGGAUGACCGCAUCGAGGCCCAGAACUCCGCCAAGCAGAUCGAGAAGGACGACGACAGCGAUGUCAGCGAGGACGAGGACCCCAUGAUGCUCCAGCGCGAGGCCAAGGACUGGAAGUCGCAAGAUCACUACCAGGUUCUGGGUCUCUCCAAGUACCGAUGGAAGGCCAGCGAGGACCAGAUCAAGCGCGCCCACCGCAAGAAGGUCCUCAAGCACCACCCCGACAAGAAGGCCGCAUCCGGUGCCGCCGAGGACGACAACUUCUUCAAGUGCAUCCAGAAGGCCACCGAGGUCCUCCUCGACCCUGUCAAGCGCCGCCAGUUCGACUCCGUCGACGAGAAGGCCGACGUCGAACCCCCUGCCAAGAAGGACGCCCAGAAGAACUUCUACAAGGUCUGGGGCCGUGUCUUCAAGUCCGAGGCGCGCUUCAGCCGCACCCAGCCCGUCCCUCCCUUCGGCGGCGAGGACGCCUCCAAGGAGGAAGUCGACGCUUUCUACAACUUCUUUUACAACUUCGACUCCUGGAGGUCCUUCGAGUACCUCGACGAGGAUGUCCCCGACGACAACGAGAACCGCGACCAGAAGCGUCACCAGGAGCGCAAGAACCUCAACGCCCGCAAGAAGAAGAAGGCCGAGGACAACGCCCGUCUCCGCAAGCUCGUAGACGACUGUCUGGCUGGUGACGAGCGUAUCAAGCGCUUCAAGCAGGAGGCCAACGCCGCCAAGAACAAGAAGAAGUUCGAGAAGGAGGCCGCCGAGAAGAAGGCCAAGGAGGACGCUCGCCUCAAGAAGGAGGCUGAGGAGAAGGCCGCCAAGGAGGCCGAGGAGAAGGCUAAGACUGACCGUGAGGCUAGCAAGAAGGCCAAGGAGGCUGCCAAGACCGCUGUCAAGAAGAACAAGCGCGUUCUCAAGGGCAGUGUCAAGGAUGCCAACUACUUCGCCAGCGGUGGCGAUGCCAGCGCUGCUCAGGUCGACGCCGUCCUGGGCGACGUCGAGACCAUCCAGGCCAAGAUCGACCCCGAUGAGAUCGCUGCCCUGGCCGGCAAGCUCAACGGCUUGAAGGUCGCCGACGAGAUCAAGGCUGUCUGGACCGAGGAGGCCAAGAGACUCGUCGGUGCCGGUAAGCUCAAGGACGGCGAGCUCAAGUCCUUCUAG